AUGCCCUCCUCCUUUAACUUCCUGGACUCCUUCAGCACCAACUGCUCGUCCUCGGGAUCGCAUCCCGCCUCCUCCGUCCAGGUCUGGUACUCCCUGGUCGGGGUGGUGGCCGCGGUCAGCUGCCUCUUCGGGAUCCCCGCCAACCUCAGCGUGAUGGUCAAACUGGGCCGCGACCUGCGCGGCUCGGCCAUGUCGCAGCGCCUCUUCUUCAGCCUGGCCCUGUCCGACCUCCUGUGCCUGCUCUGCCUGCUGGCCGGAGGGGUCAUCUUCCUGGCCGAGCUGCCUUUAGGGGCCGGGGUCUGUCAAGCAGUGCUGUACUUUCUUUUCUUCAGCAUCACCUCCAGCUCCAACAUACUGGUGCUGAUAAGUGUCCAGAGGUACUACCAGAUUCUCCAUCACACCCGGUGGGCCAAAGUGAGCCGCGGGUGGCAGAGGCUGCUGCUGGGUGCCGUGUGGGGGCUGGCCGCCCUGCUGGCCCUCCCGGCCGCGCUGACCGAGGCCGGACGCCGGCCGGCCGACGGCCUGUCCUGCAGGAAUCAGCGGAUCCCGAUGGCUGUGGAGCUGAUCUACAUCAGCUACGCGGUGUGCUGCCAGCUGCUGCUGCUGCUGUUCUACCUGCUGCUCGUCCGAGGCCUCAAACGGAUCAAAAUGUGCGACCAGAAGAAGCGCGCCAUCACUAAACUCCUCAGCCGGAUCCUGGCCGUCUCCCUGGUUUUAGGCUUUUUCCCCAUAACCGCCCGCCUCUUCUAUGUGUACGCGGGCCUCACAAAAUCCGAGACGCUGCUCUGUGUGAGCAAGAUGCUGACGUUCAUCGAGUUCAUUUACUUUUUCACCCACUGCCUAAAUCCCUGGCUGUAUUUCUUCGCCUCUCUGCGUCAAAGGCGCAGAGGCGACGGCAAGAGGAGAUUCCUCAUGGCUCUUAACGACAGCUCGUAA